AUGAGCAGCCGCGACGAGACGCCGGCGCGUGGGAGCAAGCGUCCCAUCGAGCCGACUGCAGCAGCCUCGAGCCACCAGGCUGCUUUGCAGGAUGUCAAACAGGUGAAGCUGGAGCUGGCGACGCAGCUGGAAGAGAGCGAGCAGCGGUAUGGCGAGCUAGUGGGGCAGGGGCAGGAGUUCAGCGAGGCGCGCGGGAAAGUCUUUUCCAGCUCAGGGAGCGGGCUGGAGCAGGCAGAUGCGCUUGGCGCCGCUACCGCGUGGCAGCAGGGCUUCUGGCUCUUGUCUCCGCCCGGGGAGGAGGAGGCAGCCGCCAACGGCUGGCCUCCCUUCAUCGCGUCGUGGGCCUUUCACGAGCACGUCACUGUCGGCCCAGAUGGCAGGCAGAAGGUGGCCUACUCUAUCCGAGAGGAGACCCAGGUGCUCAGGGUCGAGCGGCUGAUGCCCCCGCAGUAUCGGGGCGAACCGCGCUACGAUGAGUUCAAGAAGUCGGCGGCCUUCGAGUACGAGCGGCACAGCGGUGGCGUCGGCUUCAGCGGCUACUCCGUCAUCUACAAGGUGUGGAACGAGGCGGAGAACCGAGAGAUGCCGGUCACGGGCGGCGGCACGGCCACCGACGGCACGGCCACCGACGGCACGGCCACCGACGCGACGGCCGGCUCCACGCUCCUGACCGGCGAGCCUGCGAGCCUCAGCUUCCUCGCGGCGCGCAGCGCCGCACUCGGCUUGCGGCCGCUCGACUUGCAAGCGCGCGCGCUGGCCAUACAGGAGGCCUCCGGCAGAACCGACGGCCUGAUGCGUCCCGCAGAGUGGAAGCGGCUGGUGGGCAGGACUGCUUUCGCGCAUCACGAGCGGCUGGUGCUCUCCGAGUUUGUGGCCAAGGCCCACGGGCAGCAUCUCGGACAGCAGCUGCUGCGCGGGACGGCGCUGCUCGGCGUCUGCUUCUUUUCGGCAUCCGGCUCACACGCGGCGGGCGAGGCGGGCAUGCAUGCGGUCGGUGCGCUGUUGGUCGGUGCCGUCACCGGACUGGGUGGAGGGACGGUCAACAACGUGAUGGUUGGUGCGACGCCGGUGGGUUGGAUGCGCGACACCGCCUUCUUGAAGGCGGCUCUCCUCGCCGGCCUGCUCGGCUUCUACGCAUGGCCGCUGGUGGAGAGGCAGCUCGGCUGUGGCGGCGCCGCCGCCGAGGGCGUUCGGUUUGGCGUGGAGAGCGCGGCGCUCGGCGCGCUGGCCGUCGUGGGCGCGCAGCAGGGGAUCGUGCGCGGCCUCAGCCCGCUCGUGAGCGCCUGCUUCGGCGUGACCAUCACGCUGGGCGGCGUGAUGCGCGACGUGCUCUGCCAGCGAGAGCUGCGGCUCGGCGACCUCGACGGCUGCCAGUCGUAUGCGCUCGCCUCCUUUUGCGGCGGCGCUGUCUACGUCGGCUUGCGGGAGCUCCACGUGUGGAACUGCGCCGGCUCCACGCACAAGCUCGUCGCCGGAGGGCUGCCAAUCGGCUUGCGCAUCGCCCUCGGCGCCAGCACCGCCAUCGCGGUCCGGGCAUUCGCGUGGCAGCGCAGGCCGGAGGGCCUCUUGUCGGGCAUGGACGAGUGCGCUGACGCCAACGAGCGCUGGCUCCGAGUGCUCUUCGGCGGCGGCGCCUCGGCCGACGGCGAGCGGUAG